AUGAGCUCCUCUUUGGCUGCCUUACAACAGUUGAGGUAUCUUGAUCUGAGCUGUAAUUUUUUCAACUACACUAACAUACCUGUUUCCGUGGGCUCUUUGGAGAACCUAAGGUAUCUCAACCUCUCGUCGUCACAAUUCAGUGGGAGAAUACCUUCCCAACUCGGUAAUCUCUCAAAUUUGAAAUAUCUUGAUGUUAGUGGGAAUGAUCUGCAAGCAGUUGAUGUUGCAUGGUUAUCACGUCUUUCAUUGUUGAGUAAUCUUGACAUGACCAAAGUGGACCUCAGUCAUGUGCGCGGUUGGGUUCACAUGGUUAGCAUGCUUGCGUCUCUCAAAAUGCUUCGCUUAGCACAUUGUGGCCUUACCAGUACCAUGCCUGCUACUUCGAAAUCAAACCUCACACAUCUCCAGGUCCUCGAUAUAUCAGGAAACAUGUUUAACACAUCACUCGAGCACAACUGGUUUGGGGAUCUCACAAGCCUUGAGGAACUUUACCUAUCAUCUUGUGACUGGCAUGGAUCUAUCCCUGAUGAACUGGGUAACAUGACAUCCCUUCAAGUCAUAGAUUUUAGUUUCAAUGAUCUUGUGCGUUUGAUACCGAGCAACUUAGAAAAGUUGUGCAAUUUGGAAGUGUUGCAUUUCGAUGAAAGUAACAUUAAUGCGAGCAUAGGGGAGUUCAUGGAUGGAUUGCCAAGGUGCUCAUUGAGUACAAUACGAGUGUUGUCAAUGGAUAAUACAAGUAUGACCGGAAAACUACCAAUCUGGAUUGGGAACAUGACCAGUCUCAGUUUUCUUUCAGCCAGAUAUAACAUGAUAACUGGUACUGUACCACUAGGAAUUGGAGCACUUGGUAACUUGACAGUGUUGGAUCUCAGCUACAAUAAACUCAAUGGUGUGCUCAUUAAGGAGCAUUUUUCAGGCUUAUUAAAUUUAGAGGAUCUGGACUUAUCAUUCAACUCCUUGAAAAUGGAUAUUGAACCAAAUUGGGUUCCUCCAUUUAGACUAAAGUACUUAUGGUUGCAAUCAUGCCGAGUGGGCCCCCGUUUUCCAGAGUGGCUUAGAUGGCAGACCGAUAUUGAUGAUCUUCGUCUCGGAAAUACAGGCUUGGAUGAUGUUAUUCCUGAUUGGUUCUGGGUGACAUUUUCCCGAGCUUCAUAUUUGGAUGCAUCAGGAAACAAGUUGCAUGGUUCAUUACCGGCAAAUCUACAACACAUGUCAGCUGAAACUAUAUAUCUCGGUUCCAAUCAGCUUACAGGUCAAGUUCCAUGGCUCCCUAUAAAUAUAAUAUACUUGGAUCUGUCUUCAAACUCUUUCUCAGGGCCUUUGCCAUCAGAGCUAAAAGCUCCACAACUUGAGUUGUUGCUGCUUGCAAAUAAUCAAAUUACAGGCACCAUUCCAUCAUCUAUAUGCCAAUUGACUGGUUUGGGACGGUUGGACCUGUCAGGAAACAAUUUAACAGGAGAUGCUAUGCAGUGUUGGAAGGAGUCAGAUAACAGUUCUUCAAUGGAUCAAUUUGGUUCUGGCUUGUAUAGUCUAGCCUUGAGCAACAAUGAUAUAUCAGGUGUAUUCCCUAAAUUUCUUCAGUGGGCCUCAGAGUUGGAGUUCCUUGAUCUUUCGUACAAUAGGUUCGUUGGAACAUUGCCAAAGUGGUUGCCAGAAAAAAUGCCAGAGCUAGAAGUCUUGAUGGUGAGAUCAAAUAUGUUCAGUGGUCAUAUUCCUAAGGAUCUUCCUUGCCUUGAAAGUCUGCAUUAUUUGGACAUAGGACAUAACAAUAUAUCUGGAACCAUACCAUGGCCACUAUCAAACCUGAAAGCAAUGAGGGUCAGAUCUCAGUAUAUGGAAGACUAUGAAGUGGAGCAGAUCAUACCAAUCACCACAAAAGGCCAAACACGUUAUUAUACCUCUGAAGUCUAUGGCCUACUGGUGAAUAUUGAUCUGUCAUGUAACAGUUUAACAGGGCAGAUUCCGGAGGAGAUAAGUUUGCUCAUUGGGCUCACCAGUCUGAACUUAUCGAGCAAUCAGCUGGUCGGCAAAAUUCCAAAUCAGAUUGGUCAUCUUAAGUAUCUGGAGUCCCUGGACCUAUCCUACAACGAGCUUUCCGGUGAAAUCCCGUCAAGUUUGUCGGAUCUCACAUACCUGAGCUACUUGAACUUGUCAUACAACAACUUGUCAGGGGCCAUACCGUCCGGCCCGCAGCUGCAAGCUCUCGACAACCAGAUUGAUAUCUACAUCGGCAACCCGGGUCUUUGUGGUCACCCUCUCUCCAAGAACUGCUCUACUCUCGAUGCAGAGCAAAGCAUCCAUGAAGACGCAAACCAUGUCGCAUCUCUCUACCUUGGGAUGAGCAUAGGAUUUGUGGUGGGUCUUUGGACGGUGUUCUGCACCGUGUUAAUGAGGAGAGCCUGGGUGAUUGCUUACUUUCAGAUCAUUGACAAGUUGUAUGACGAGGUUUAUGUGUGGGUGUUUAUAGCUUGGGCUCGCCUGACAAAGAAGACCCGCGACGACGCGGCAUGA